GGUCUCGCACCACUGCCUCUGCUCUGGCCCCUCUUUGAGCGCGGCGAUGCGGCUCCUCGCCGAGCUCUUCGGCUGCACAGCCGCAGCGCCGGCGGACGCGGCGGCGUGCAUCUUCUGUCCCGACUCGGUGCUCUCGCCAGCAGCGGGCAACCGCUUCGAGGUGGUGCACUCCGACGCACGCUUCCUCGCCUUCCACGACCGCAGCCCGGCGGCGCGCGUGCACCUGCUGGCCGUGCCGCGCGAGCAUGUCGAUGAUGUCAAGGUGCUGCGAGGGGCCGAGGGAGCCGAGCUUGUGCGCGCGCUGCAGCGCUUCGCCGACGAGGCGCUCGACGUGCUCGAGGCGCAGCAGUCGAGCUUCUCCGAUGGCGGCGCAGGCAAGGGCGUGCCGGGCGAGCGGCGCUUUGGCUUUCAUAUUCCGCCGUUCCGCUCCGUGCCGCACCUGCACAUGCACGCGCAGGUGCUUCCCUUUGUCUCGUCGAUGCGCGCGCUCAAGUACCGCGCCGCCGGCGAUCCCGUCGGCGCUCGCAAGGGGCUCAGCUGGUACGUGACGGCGACGCAGGCGGCGCGUAUCCUCGAGGGCGGCGGCCGCGUGCGCGUGCGGCCGUGUGCUGCAAGGAGGGAGGAGAACAUGGCGUGAGGCGAGGGGAAGGACAGUGAUUUUGUAUGGACGAGCGUUCUCCAGGACAGGCAGAGAUAGAUGUGGCUAGACGCGGCGUAAUAGAUGCUCUCGUUGACGGC